GAUGAUAAUUAAGAAAUAAGGAAACGGAGGCAAGCGGAGUGUCACCAAAAAUAAGUGCAAAGCAUAUAAAAGAAAAGAGAGAGAGACGCAGUGCCAGCCGAACCCACACCACACACGACAUACCCCGACUGGGUAUUCUCCGAGGUGGUUUUAUAGUCUGUGCCAAUAGAUUAUCAUAUCCCUCUGCCCUGCCCAGUGCCCUGUGGCCAGCUUCUCUGCGCCAAAGCUGUUUAUAUAAAUCUGUCUCCACGAUCAUCAUGCUACGCACUCUUUGUCGUUAUCUCUGACGCUCUGUCACAACGGCAAAGCACUUCCCAGGCAAUGUGGGAGCCAUAGCUGAGAGUGACAGAGAGAUCUAUUCUUUCGUUUUACCUCUCUGUCUCUCUCCCUCUCCCUCUCAUAUAUAUAUAUAUAUAUAUAUAUGUAAGGAUUAGAGAGAGUUUUUCCUCCUCCCUCCCACCACCACCUCCUUGAAAUUGGCGAUGGCUUUUCAGAGGCGGCGCAAUCACUACUACCACCACUUUCGGAAUAUGCUACCAUUGUUCUCCGCCGUCUCUGGCGCUCUUCUUAUACUUCUCGCUAUCCUCUCCUUUUUGGCUCCUUAUCCCAAUGAUUCCGAUCGCCAUGGUCAUCGCUCUUUGUCUAAUGUUCGCGACGAUGAAAUUGGAGUUCCUGUGUUUCGUGUUCCGACCGAUGGAGGAAGAUCGGGCCGCGACCUUUGGACUUCUAGGAAUUCUAGGUUCUAUUAUGGAUGUAGCAAUGCUAGCAAAAAAUUUCCGGAAGCUGAAGCUGUAACGAUAUCUAAUAGAUAUUUGGCAAUUGCGACCAGUGGAGGCUUGAACCAACAAAGAACUGGGAUUACAGAUGCUGUUGUUGCUGCCCGCAUAUUAAAUUCUACCCUUGUUACUCCAAAAUUGGAUCAGAAAUCUUUUUGGAAGGAUUCUAGCGACUUCUCAGAGAUUUUUGAUGUUGAUUGGUUUAUAUCAUUUCUCUCAAAAGAUGUUAAGAUCAUCAAACAGCUCCCAAGAAAGGGAGGAAAGACAUGGACUCCACAUACCAUGCGUGUGCCAAGGAAAUGUAGUGAAAGAUGUUAUAAUAACCGUGUACUGCCAGUUCUUUCAAAAAGGCAUGCUAUUCAGCUCAACAAGUUUGACUACAGACUUGCAAACCGGUUGGACACAGAUUUGCAAAAGUUGAGAUGUAGAGUUAACUACCAUGCUUUGAAGUUUACUCGGCCAAUACAGCGGAUGGCUGAAAAACUGGUUCACCGAAUGAGGAUGAGAAGCAAACAUUAUAUAGCUUUGCACCUGAGGUUUGAACCUGAUAUGCUUGCAUUCUCUGGUUGCUAUUAUGGUGGAGGAGACAAGGAAAGGAAGGAAUUGGGUGCAAUACGCAAGAGGUGGAAAACUUUACAUACAAGUAACCCUGAUAAGGAAAGAAGGCAUGGAAAAUGCCCACUCACUCCAGAAGAAGUAGGCUUGAUGCUGAGAGCCCUAGGCUAUGGCAGUGAUGUUCAUAUUUAUGUGGCAUCUGGUGAAGUAUAUGGAGGGGAAGAAACUUUGGCACCCCUAAAAGCAUUAUUCCCUAACUUUUAUUCAAAAGAGACUAUAGCCUCCAAGGAGGAGUUGGAACCAUUUUCUCCAUUUUCUUCUCGUAUGGCUGCCCUUGACUUCAUUGUUUGUGAUGAAAGUGAUGUCUUUGUAACCAACAAUAAUGGUAAUAUGGCUAGAAUAUUAGCUGGACGAAGGAGGUAUUUUGGGCACAAACCCACAAUCCGUCCAAAUGCUAAAAAGCUCUACCGUUUGUUCCUGAAUAAAGGUAACAUGUUCUGGGAAGCAUUUGCUUCUAAAGUUCGUACAUACCAGAGAGGCUUCAUGGGAGAGCCAAAUGAGGUGAGGCCAGGCAGGGGUGAGUUCCAUGAGAACCCAUCUGCCUGCAUAUGUGAAGAUUCUGCAGCCAAGGAAAAGGGGGAGUUGGGUACUAGAAAAAAUGGCAAGGGUAAUGCAACCAGGAAAGAUGAACUAGUACUUGAGGAUCGAAAUGCUGAUGAUGACCCAGAAUGGCCUGAUACUGAUGAGGAGGAAGAUCAAAGCAGCCCUCUAGAGAAGGGUCUAUUUAAUGGAACAGGUUUAGAUUAUGAUGCCAUAACCUCAGACGAACCUGAAUUAGAAGAUAUGCUUUCAGACUAAACAAAUAUACCUGGCCUUUGCUAAAAGUGUCCAUAGCUGCUGCAAUCGUAUGCAUUCAUGUACAAAAUAUAGCUCCCAUGUGCGCCUCCCAUGGAAACCUUUUUUAUCUGAUCUCGAUCAUCAUGUUCAGAAGAUGGUGAGAAAGAUUAUGUAAUCCUAUAGCUUUGGGGAGACAUCCUAUGCACGUCGAUCCAAUGUGAGGAUCUUUGGUUGUAGAUGAAUCUUGUGCUUCCAUAUCUGCGGAAGAGAAAGGCCUUAUGGUGACAUGACUGGGCAGUAGGAGAAUUCGAUUUAGGAACCGAGUAUCUCACUGACAAAAUUUAGAUCAUUUAGUUGCUGCUUUGUUGAAUUCCAAGUGUAAUUGUUGUUUUAGGCUUCUGUUUCAAUCAGCUGUGAAAAGGAGGGGCAUUGACUAUAUUUACAUCCUCCCUCCCUUUUCUAGUUCUUUAAAUUAUAAUUUUUUUCCUUUUUUCUU